UCAAUGAAAAACAAGAAGCAAAAAAAUUAUUCAAGAAACAUCAUAGAGCCAGAGCUAGAGCAUCACAGAGAAAGAAGAACUUGCUCCCAAUAAACUAUCCAUGCUUCUUGCAGAGAUGAUGAACAGCUCAGUGCUGUUCUUGCCAAGCUCAUCCCUGUUCCUCACAAAGCAGCUGGUACCUGCAACCAAGGGCAGAGCAUCAGCAGCAGCUGCUGUUAGGUGCAGCAGUGGGCCCAAUCUGUCAGAAGCACAUGAGGAGGAGGAUGGUGUAGCCUCCUUGAUGGGGAGGAGGCAUGCAAUGGCUUCUGCUGCUGCUGCCUGUGGAGUUUCAGUGUUUGGUUUUGCAGGUGAGAGCAUGGCAGUGAAGCAGGGCCUUCUGGCUGGGCGGAUCCCUGGGCUCUCUGACCCUGAUGAAAAAGGUUGGAGAACAUACCGUAGGCCAGACGACAAGUCCGGUGGACAUGGAGUUGGAUGGAGCCCAAUCAUUCCCUACAGCUUCAAAGUUCGUGAUGGCUGGGAAGAGGUCCCGGUGUCGAUUGCUGAUCUUGGUGGCACCGAGAUCGACCUGCGGUUUGCGAAUUCCAAGCAGGGACGUUUGUUCGUCGUUGUAGCACCGGUUCGCAGGUUUGCAGAACUCGACGAUGCGACAAUUGAAAAGAUCGGUACACCGGAGAAGGUGAUCGACGCCUUCGGACCAGAGGUGAUCGGUGAAAAUGUUGAAGGGAAGGUUUUGUCCAUGGCAACAGCAGAGUAUUCAGGAAGAACUUACUACCAGUUUGAGCUGGAACCACCUCAUAUCUUCAUCACUGCAACUGCCGCUGGAAACAGGCUCUACCUGUUCAAUGUAACUGCAAAUGGGCUACAAUGGAAGAGGAAUUACAAUGACCUGAAGCAAAUAGCUGAAUCAUUUCGUGUUGUCUAGGGUUUAAAUAAAUUGCUCACGAUGUAUCUGUUUAUGUGCAUACCAUUAGAGAAAAUGAGGUGCUAUUAUACAGACUGCAGAGGGGCAAUGAGUAAGAAAACAUAACUUUUGAAUAUGAGUUGUUAAAGCUGAAGCUUUUGAACAUUGUACGUAAACUUCCCUUUUUGAGGCCUAAAUGCCUAAUACUAGAUACAAAAUUUUCUAGAUCUAA